UAUUUGCAAAGCCAAAGGAGCGCCUCUACUGACAGUCAAAUGGGUUAAAUGGACUAAAGACGGACAACUGAAGGGCUUGGACUGGCCCAACCAUAUACUCGACACUAACGGCACUCUUGAAUUCAACCUGGUCAAAAGGGAGGACGCCGGCAAUUAUACCUGCAUUGCAACUAAUUCUCAGGGCAUUAUCAACACUAGUAUAGAAGUGUUGGUAACUGUAAAACCCAAGUUCACAGUCGAACCCAAACCUCAGACGAUUGUUGAGGGCUUUUCAGCACUUUUAGAUUGUAGGGCUGA